CAACGUGUUUACUGCCGAGCCGGGUCGAGCCGAACCGAGCUGAGCCGAGCCGAGCAGCUGAGCUGAGCGUCGCUCGGUAUCAGCUGAUGGGUCAGACACGGGUGAUGUCGUGUCACGUCGGUCGGUCUGAGUCAAUUCGCAAUUGCAAUAGCGAGUCGCGCUUGUGCGAACGCGUGUAAAAAGCUCUCGUUAAGCAUUUCUCACGGCGGAUAAACCAUGUCGAAUGUCGACGGGUGCUACAUUGAAAUCUUGCGACUCGUGAAGCAAGCUGGCUCGAUCAUCAGGGAGAAGAUUUAUCAAUGCAAAGAUGUGCUCACAAAGUCGUGUGACGUUGACUUGGUAACGAAAUGGGAUCAAGAGGUAGAGAAACUUUUAAUCGACGGAAUAUCGUCCAGAUAUCCCGAUCACAGAUUUAUCGGCGAGGAGAGCACCGCCUCCGGACAGAAAAUUGAAUUGACAGAUGCCCCGACGUGGAUAAUCGAUCCGAUCGAUGGCACGAUGAAUUUCGUUCACGGUUUGCCGCACACGUGCGUCUCGGUUGCGCUGCUUAUUAAUAAAGUAGCGGAAAUAGGAAUAGUGUAUAAUCCGAUCUUGGAGCAACUUUUUACCGCUCGCAAAGGUCAGGGCGCUUUUCUCAACGGCGCCCCAAUUCACGUAUCCGACGAAACGGAAUUAUGUAAAGCACUGCUAAUGGUAGAGAUGGGAACCAGUAGAGAUCCAGAGAAGAUGAAAAUAGUCUUGCAAAAUAUAACGCUUCUUACAGCACGUGUUCAUGGAAUACGAUCGCUUGGUUCGGCAGCUCUGAAUAUGUGCAUGGUGGCUCUUGGCGGUGCUGACGUUUCUUUUGAAUUUGGUAUACAUGCUUGGGACAUUGCAGCCGGAGAUCUUAUUGUUCGAGAAGCUGGCGGUGUAUCGAUAGACCCAGCUGGAGGUCCGUUUGACGUGAUGAGCAGAAGAACAUUGUGCGCAUCAUCGAUGGAAUUAGCUCAACAAAUUUCCAAGGUAUUAAUCCAGUAUUAUCCAGAGCGAGAUUAAGAAGCUUGAAAACAUAUGGAAGAUGAACAAGGCUCAUUGUUUCUUUCAUCGGGUCAGAUCGUUAAAAGUAAUGAAAAUAUCGUUGUCUAAAAGAAAUGUAAAUAUUUCAAUUGAUAUUGUUUAAGAAAUAAAUUGACGAGUUUAUUCAUUUAUGAUAUAAAGCCAACUGUAUACACGAUAGCGUUGUCGCAUUUUACUAUAGAUGAAAAUAAAACCAAACUAAACUUUUUAUUAUAUAAUUAUAUAUUACUCUCACAAAGGGACUUAAAAAUAGUAUUACUUUUAUCAUUCUCUUAUGACAUAUGUAAUUAUUCUGAAACAUACACAUGUAAUCAUAUUACAUAUAAUUAAAAAAACUCAGGAAAUAUA